AUGUAUAAACUUUGGAAGAAAAAUGUAGAAAUCCGUAGAAAUCGGCCACCGACGAAAUCGAGGAAAUGGAGAAACUCCAAAAGCCAAGAAGGUCAUCGCAGAAAAUAUGGAGGAUGGAGACAAGUCACACAGUUCCAUGGCUGGGUAAACAAGAUGAGGAAAUGGAAGAGGACGCCUAUGACUCAGAAAAAAGGUAGAUGA